GGUUUUAUUCCUGGAAAAUACAUGAUGGUUUUACUUCUGGAAAAUGCAUUUUCCAGUUAUAUUCUACAUAGAAGCAUCGUCACAAACUGUCAGAUACUGACUCUAUUGUAUACCCGUCGCUGCGUUUGAUAUAGCAGGCUAGCGUUAGGUUUAUAAACACGUAAACAUUAACCGUAACGUGCUAAUUCCAUGUCAACGAGUCGGUUAGUUAAUUAGCUAAUGCAAGCUAACCUAGCUAAGUUACAAAUCUGCGCAUGCGCGGUGGUCCUCCAGCGAGCAAUGGUUCCUAGCUAGCUAAGAUGGUUCUCUUAGCUCGUUAGCCAGUCAAUAAAGUAAUUAAACCAGUCGGUCAAAACAAAAAGAUUUGGGUAAGAUGAUUUACUGUAAGCUGUAGCAGCAGACGUCAAAAUGGACGACGAUCAUACAAUUUAAGUUUUAGCAACUCAAAUAAUCGAGCUAAUUAGUCAAUUUAACAGACGUUAAGUUAGUUAAACGGUUAGAUACUCUCAUUAGUGCGUUUAUUAUUGAGUUUAUUUUGAGCGUGUAAUAUCGCUACUUUGCUUUUUCCUAUUUAUUUCUUAUAGAAUGAACCACGGAUUGGUGGGUUAGUGGGAACGUUAGCAACGGUAGCUAGUUAGCGUCAAAAGAGCAUUGCGAAGCUCCCGUGUUGCUAGGUAACCGAAGCCCACAGACGACGGAGGAUUAAGCUGUUUAUUCUAUUACAACGCCAGAAGAGUAAGAAAAACAGCCCGUACAUAUCUCCUUUCUCGCUUGAAACCAUCCCACCACCAUGUUGGUCCCAAUCUACACUCUCAAACUCAACCAUAAGAUUAACCCCCGCAUGGUUACGAUGGGAAAGUUUGAUGGAGUUCACCCGUGUCUGACUGCAGCUACGCAAGCAGGGAAGGUGUUCAUACAUAACCCUCACUCUCGAGGACAGAGGCAAGCAUCUCACCGGCUGAGUCAGAGUGGCCAAGACUCUGAUAUCUCCUUGCUAAACAUAAACCAGGCUGUGAGCUGUUUGACAGCGGGCGCCCUGGUGCCCAAUGCCACGGGACAUGCGCUUCUAGUGGCCUCACAGACCAAUCUGCUGGCUUAUGACGUACACGACAAUGCCGACAUAUUCUACAGGGAGGUGACAGAUGGGGCUAAUGCCAUUGUCCUGGGAAAGUUAGCGGACAUCCAGAGCCCUCUUGCCAUCGUCGGAGGAAACUGCGCUAUACAAGGCUUUGACUAUGGGGGAAAUGACCAGUUCUGGACCGUGACUGGAGAUAAUGUGCGAUCACUGGUACUGUGUGACUUCACUGGUGAUGGGAAGAAUGAGCUGCUUGUGGGAUCAGAAGACUUUGAUAUCCGAGUAUUUAGAGAGGAUGAGCUGGUGUGUGAGAUGGCAGAAAACGAGACAGUAACGUCGCUGUGUCACAUACACAGCAGCAGGUUUGGUUAUGCGCUGGCUAAUGGUACAGUGGGAGUGUAUGACCACACUGCCCGCUACUGGAGAAUCAAGUCAAAAAACCAUGCGAUGAGUAUACAUGCCUUUGACCUGAACGAUGACGGAGUCGUAGAGCUCAUAACCGGCUGGUCCAAUGGGAAAAUCGAUGCGCGCAGUGAUCGGACCGGCGAGGUGAUCUUCAAGGACAACUUCUCCUCGUCGGUGGCUGGGCUGGUGGAGGGAGAUUACCGCAUGGAUGGGCACGUUCAGCUUAUCUGCACCUCAGUGGAAGGAGAAGUACGCGGCUACCUGCCAGCCAGCAAAGACCUGAAGGGGAACCUGAUGGACGUGAGCGUGGAGCAAGACCUUGUCAGAGAACUGAGCCAGCGUAAACACAACCUGCUCCUAGAGCUCCGUAACUACGAGGAGCAUGGCAAGGCUGGCACUGGUGCGUCUGAAGCCGAGGCUCAGAUGGGGGUCAUUCCUGCCAACACUCAGCUGCAAACAGCCCUGUCUGUGCAAGCAGCCUCGGAAAGUCAGAGGGGUCACGUAGAACUCAGCAUCUCCACACCUAACGAGACCAUCAUCCGCGCAGUGCUGAUUUUUGCCGAGGGCAUCUUCGAGGGCGAGAGUCAUGUGGUGCAUCCCAGUGCGCUGAACCUCUCCGGCUGUGUCUGUGUUCCCAUAAUUCCUCCUAAAGACAUCCCAGUAGAUCUGCAUAUCAAAGCCUUUGUAGGUGGGCGGACCAGCACGCAGUUUCAUGUGUUUGAAAUAACACGUCAGCUGCCUCGAUUCUCUAUGUAUGACCUUCACGUUGACCCUUCAACCCCUGCACCCACAGGAAGAGUCUCGUUUAGUAUCAGUGACAGGCCACAAAGGGUGGUCAUGUGGCUAAACCAGAACUUUCUGCUGCCAGAAGCCAUCAGCAGCCCAGACGUGACGUUCACUUCACUACGUGGAGGAGGCCUUCUGACCAUCAGCAUGCGCUCUAGCGGGGAAAUAACACUGCAAACGGAUGACAUUGAGCUGGCAGGAGACCUGGUCCAGUCGCUCGCUGUGUUCCUGGCUAUCGAGGACCUGCCCACAGAGGCCGACUUCCCAGCCUGCUUUGAGCAGCUCCGAGGCACCCUCACCGAGGUGGACGAGUUCCACGCCGUGCGUCAGAAGAUGACCGCAGCCAUCGGGGAUCACUCGAACCAUAUCCGAAACAUGCUGGUGCAGGCAGAGGACGCUCGACUCAUGGGAGACCUGAAGACCAUGAAGAAACGUUACAUCGAGCUGUACGACCUCAACCGAGACCUGAUUAGUGAAUAUAAGAUCCGGUCCAACAACCACAGUGCUCUUCUAUCCCGUCUUAAGGCUGUAAACCAGGCCAUUCAGAGAGCCGGCAGGCUGAGAGUGGGAAAACCAAAGAACCAGGUCAUCAGUGCCUGCAGGGACGCAAUCAAGAACAACAACGUAAACGCCCUGUUCAAGAUCAUGAAAGCAGGGACCGCGUCCUGUUGAGUGCGCCCUCUGCUGGCCGUCCGUGUUACCUACAGGACAGCAGCUCUGGCUCUGGAGAUCAGACCAAGUCUCCUCCCACGGCUGUGGCUGACACACACACGACUAGUCCAGUAAUUAAUUCCUACAGAGUCAUGCAAAACACCGCGGAGAAGAACAUCUACUCCAAACCUCUAAAUGGCAGUGUUGUAUGUAGAAAAGUAGCUGCAAGCUGUUUCCUGCGUGAACACACAACUGUGUCCAGGGAACAAACUGUAUGAAGUUGCGUACUUUUUCUAGGUGUACAUAGGCGCUUUGUAUCGACUUUGUGUACGUGCAAUAUAUUGAUUGCCAAUAAAUGGUUCAGUAAAUGA